GAACACUUCUCCUGCAGCCACACCCAGUGUGCGUCAUCGAGGAAGAAAAAAAAAGAACACAGAAAAGAAGGUAACAACAGAACAAAACAUUUCUUCAGAAAAAACACGGAUUCGGAUUAGUUGGAGUUGGCAGGAUGUCUGUGACCACGAAGAAGGCUGAUGGCGUCACCGUGUUGACACUGACUUCUGAUCCCAAAAGUUCCUUACCUCCGAUACUACAAAUCCUCAAGGCCCUUUGCUACAGCCCCGUUUGCUGCUCGGUGUCCCAGCACUUGAGUACACUCAUGGGGAAUUCUCAGUCUUUACUGGGGGCUCUACAGAUCAUGGUCGGCUUUCUCAACAUCGGCCUAGGAGUCAUCCCCAUGUGCUUCGAUUACAAUGCCUGGUGGAACCGUGAUGCCAAUUUAUUUUCUUUGUGGAUGGGAUCGGUGUUUGUGCUCUUUGGCAUCUUGUGCAUUUUGUCCAAGAAGUACCCAAGCCCAUGUCUGGUCAUCAUCAAUGUGAUCCUGAACCUGUCGGGUGUGGGCUUUGCCAGUGUCGCCGUCAUACUCUACGCUAUCAACAUCGUAGUCAUCCCCGAUAGUAUGUGGGAUGUGUGCCAGCCACAAUAUGAAGACGACUGGCACCUUGCCAAUGUGACAACGAUGAAUCCUAACGAGAGGGACUUAUAUGAGCAAUGCUUGCGUGGAAAAGCCACAAUUAUUAUGGUUCUGACGGCCAUCAAUGGAAUUCUGCUGGUGCUCUGCGUUCUGGAGCUCUGCCUCGUCAUCAGCUCAUCCGUGUUGGCUAUUAAGGCUUUGAGGCUCAACAAGAGAGAUGAGAAGGGUCUGGAUGAUCCAGAACACUACAAACCGCUUCCGGAGGACAUUGUCCCUGCCAGCCCUUCAGCCUAAAUGGCAAUGUUCUUCUUCAUGCUGCCUGUCCAGUGUGUCAAACCUCACCUUUUAUAUCUCACUGUAUAUAUUCUAUGACGGGGGUGCUCACACUUUUUCAGCAUGCGAGCUACUUUUAAAAUGACCGAGUCAAAAUGAUCUACCCACUACAAAAAUGCAAAACAUCUAUUUAUUUUCAAAUGUAUUGAGGAUUAUUUGUACGUACAAUGUAUGUUGAUGUACCUUACAUAACCAAAUGAGCCAAUAUUGCAAAACACACAUAAUUAACUAUUAAGAUUUUUUGUAAUUACCUGAGUUUACUUUGAUGACUUGCACUGAAUUGAACCAGCCAGGGAUGCAUAGUCCGGACAGUAGCUGCUGAUAGCCAGCCUCAAGCACACUUCCAAAUGUUUAUCAUGGAUAAUAUCCGUAUCAUAAUAUCCGUAUAAUAUUCCAUAUCCGUAUGGAAGUGAUAUGUUUUUUGCCUUUUUACUUGGUCCAGUUUUUGCCUUUUUACUUGGUCCAGCUCCUUCACUCAUUUUAGUGACCAUAAACUUUAGCGAGGGCUUAAAAUCUGACGCAAUUCGCCGACUAGCUUAGCACUUUGCAUCUUUGUUUACGCAUGAGCGGUGACCUAAAGGUCAAAAUUCAGUUGUCAUCUGACUGGUUGUCCUGUAUGUCAAUCAAGUAACGGGGAUGGAUGAUAGGCUGACAUCGUAAGUUCUGCUGCACUUAGAGACGUUGUUUGAUUUGAUUGGUCGCCCGAAGGGCAACAUUCAGUUGUCAUCUGAAUGGCUGCCCUGUAUAUCAAUCAAGUGACGGCAUUGAUGCUGGGAUGAUAUUUUUUUUAAUGUCACGCCGCGAUUGACCAGCGAUCAACCGGUAGAUCGCGAUCGACUUAAUGAGCACCCCUGUUCUAUGAUAUUCUGUAUUUUUUUGCACUUAAUCAGACAUGCUCAUCAGGACCGCCUAUGAAAAGGAAUGGAAUAAUGUGACUCCUGACUCGGUGGUGUAAUGCUACAGCUGCUGCCUUAACGGCGGAGGAUUUGAUCACAACCCGGGACACUUUUUUUUAAUUAGUUUUAAAUUUGUUCCUACCCUGUGUUUAAAACUAUAGCACUUAUAAUUCCCAUUUACCAAUUUUCCUGCUGUAAGUUGGCUCUGUUGUCAUUUUGGGAGAGAAAGGAAGAGAAUAAAUGUAGCAAAAACAA